UAAUAACUCUGCCUUCAGUAUGUUUCAAGUGGAUGAGAACUACACGCGAGUGUCAGAGUUUGUUAUAGUGGGCUUCCCAAGUCUCCAACCGCAGUAUUUUGACCUAGUGGCGUGGUUUUUCUUCUUCCUUUAUGUGACCACAGUGGUGGGCAACCUUCUGCUGGUGGUGUUGUUUUCUUUGGAGCACAGUCUCCAGAAGCCCAUGUACAUCAUCAUGGUCAGCCUGGCCCUCUCAGACAUUGGCUUUACCACAGUGGCUUUACCCAAACUAAUCGCUCGCUACUGGUGGAAUGAUGGGAGUCUUGGCUUUCAUACAUGCCUCUUCCAAAAGCACAUGCUCCACUAUUUUGGCUCCUUGAACUCACUAAUUUUACUGACAAUGGCCCUGGACCGAUAUCUGGCCAUCUGUUUUCCCUUUAGAUACCCGAUGUGGAUGACAAACCAAACCAUGACAGGCCUCACGCUCUUCUGCUGGGCGGUGGCACACAUCUUUACUGUCAUCAGCACCAUCAACUUUACCAUGAUGCCGUUUUGUGGGCCCAACAAAAUCAUACAGGUCUUCUGCGACACCUUGUCUCUUACAGCUCUAGUGUGUGGGAACCCCAGCCAACAAUUCAACGCCGCCUAUGCUUCAGCGAUGUUUAUUCUUUAUGUUCCUUUAGCUUUCAUCAUCUUUUCCUACAUUUGCAUCAUCAUCUCAGUAUUGCACAUGGCUAGUGGACAGGGCAGAAUGAAGACAUUCUCUACCUGUGCCACCCAGGGCUGUAUCAUUUGUAUCUACUACCUACCACGUUUCUUCGUCUACUCUACACCUUUCUUUCCUAACCUGAAGAUGACCCCUGACAAGAGUAUAGUGACCACCCUCUUCUACAGUCUUUUCCCUCCACUGAUCAACCCGUUCAUCUACUGUCUGAGAACCAAGGCGAUCAGGCGAAUAUUAACAGACUGGGUCCGGAGAUGUAAGAGCAUUAUUUCUUCAAAGCAUGGCCAAAUUGCAGCUGUCACCAAACCACACUGACAAGUGAUCCAUGAUUUUGUUGUUUAUAAACGCUUGCAUUAUAAUUUAUGAUUCAAUAUGAUAAUAUGUAUGAAAAUAGGUUAAGUAGACAUACUUAUACAAAAGAAAUUGUUUCAGUGGAAAAACCAAGGCAUACAUUUGUGUACCUUUGUUUUGUCCUGCUUUUACUCACCUAAUCUGUAUGUGUACCAAUAGUGCUUUAAUUCCAAAAUAGAAAGUCAUUCUGCAUUUACUAGUGUCAAGUCCUUGUGUUAAAAAUGUGAAUAUAUGCCACAACAAAAACAACAUGAUCCUCUAUAAGUCCUAUUAUUGCAAACUCAACUGUUAAGAUGUGGCGAGGGUGAAAGUUUGGGCAUUUUUGGACUAAUAGUCACAGAUGACAUUUACAUAGUUGGAAGCACCAUUUUGUCUGAGUCAUAAUUUUGUAGCAAAAUAUGCUUGCUGUGGUUGGACAUACUGUAAGAGACAGACAAUAUUUUAAUCCUUAUUAAUCAGAACACAGAGAAAGAGAGAAGCUGCAGACAUAUUAGAUACAGCCUGUCAAAACCAAAACAACAGAAAGUAGAUUUAUAAAAAUUGCACAUAUACAUACAAAUAUUGCGAAACAAAAGGGUAAAGAUCUCCAGCUAUUUAGGGACAAAAAGAAAGAACUUUACUUUCCCCUCAACAAAAACAACUAAGUACUUUGUCAGAAUCAUCCACCUAAAAUAACACACGCCACUUGGUGGAAGAUUUUAUCCAAAGCAACCCUCUACUGUGCAUCUAGCACUGGUGGUUUUAAAAUGUUGCUAUACAAAUAUUUUGCCAGAA